AAUUAAUUAACUAAUUAAUGAAGUCCGCCCUCCCUAGCCUCUUUAAUUUCUAAGUUGAUGCUACUGCUGACCACCACUGCUUUCUAGCUAGCUAGUUUCAAGAGGGAGAGAGAAAGAGAGAGUGCGCUAGAGAGAGAAAGAGAUGGAAGGAGAUUCAUCGAGCAAGAAGGAUCUGAUGAAGAGCCUGUUCGGAGAAGAAUCUGAUGAAGAACUCCGCUCCUUGCAGCAACUCCAGCCCUCGCAAGGCAGUACUGCUGAUAAUGCUAUCCAUGCUGCUGCAGCAGCUGAAAUUGAAAAAAAUGUACGAGAAAAGCUCAAGGAUGCUAAAAAAGAUGCUCAAGAUAAAGGAAAGGGCAUUAUGAUCGCUGAACCUGAACGGGGGAAGAAAUAUCUCGAUGCUUCCUAUCCCAUGAACAAUACUGGUGACUCUGAGGACAACAACCUAGACUAUGUAGCUCAAAAUAUUGAACUUGACAACAAUCCAAAUCUUCAAACGAAGAAAUCAAAAGAUAAACCUGUUGGCCCGCCACUGUUAAUAGAGAUUCCCCGAGGAGCACCACCUCCUCGUAAACCGGAAAAGAUAAGUCUAUUCAAAAUUUCGAAUAUCAUCUAUUUCGAUCCAAAUCCAUUUGAUCCAGAGACAUAUGUUGAUGAAAACGAGUUACUUGGUACUAAUAAACGAAUCAAUGUUGUGCGUUGGAGAAAAGUCAUAAAUCCUGAUGGCACCAUAUCACGUGAAACCAACUCGCGAUUUGUGAGGUGGUCAGAUGGCAGUUUACAACUUUUAAUAGGAAAUGAACCACUGGAUAUAACAGAACAAGAGGCUCAAGAGUUGCAAACACACGUGUUUCUUCAAAUUGGAAAGGGACUCAUGAUGGCUCAAGGAAAGGUCAAGAAGAAGAUGAUAGCUACACCAUCAUCAUUAUCUUCAAACUCUCAUCGAUCCCUAGCGGCUCUUGUUAAUUCAAGGUCCAAAAAGGGUCCCAAGGUUAAGCCUUGCAUUACAAGUGUUGAUCCAGAAUGGGAAUUGGAAGACAUGAAAAAGGCAAUGGAGCAAGCAGCCAAAGCUGAUGCAGUUCUCCAACGAAAGCAAGAAAAGGUGAUGCAAAAGCAUGAGAAAGAGAAUGAUGAGAAGAAGAAAAACAAGAAGAAGAAGAAUAAGAAGAAGAACAAAAAGAAUAAGAAGUAUGGCGAGGGUGGGAACCAACUUUCGGUUGAUAUGCUGGAGGAUUCAGCUAGUGCUAGCGAGGAUGUUGAACCGGAUUAUGUGGACCCUCGCUCCGCUGCUCUUCGUUCCCUCGAAGAUGACAUUGUAAAAGAAGCUGAAGUUGAGAAACAAAAGGAAAAUGCAAACAAGGUGGCUAUGGGAAAAGAAGCAUUAGAGGGGAUAGAUAAGGAACCAAUGCAUGAGACAGAAAAACCUGCAGCAGCAAACAAAGGGAAGAGGAUUGCAUUAGAUGAUGAAUCUCCUCCAAAGAAGAUAGUUGUUGGUCACCGAAAGGCUAUUGUUUAUGAGAGUGAUGAGGAGUGAUAAAAUUUGCAGCAGCUGAAACCAGGUGAAGAGCAAUGAUAGAAUGCAACUCCUAAUGGUUUAGUUGUCUUCUUGGUUUCAGUACAUGUUAAUCUUUAUAUACUUUCUGUUUGGAUAAUACAAAACCUUGAACUGCCCUUUUAUACCGGUGAGUUUCAGUGUCUAGGUAGGUGUGAGCAUCCUUUCUCUUGACAUCUGACGUUGUGAAUGAUAAAUGUUGCCUUUGGGUAUGGUUUAAUUUGGAUGGCCUGAGCAUCCAAAGACAGUACGCAGUUUCUCAUUUAUAGUAUGGUCAGAGUUUGUUACUAUCA